AUGCCCAUGUGCGGUAGCUCUUCAGUCGCUCAGUCCUUCGGACGAAACAGACCUAUACAACGCAAAGUCGUAGUCUGUGGUGACGGUGCUUGCGGGAAAACCUCGCUGUUGAACGUGUUCACUAGAGGCUUCUUCACCCAAGUCUACGAACCGACGGUCUUCGAAAAUUACGUGCACGAUCUUUAUGUUGACGAGCAGCUGGUCGAGCUGAGCCUCUGGGACACGGCUGGCCAGGAAGAAUUUGAUCGACUGCGGUCCCUCAGUUAUGCAGAAACCCAUGUCGUCAUGUUAUGCUUCUCUGUGGACAACCCGACGUCCCUGGAGAACGUUGAGGCCAAGUGGCUAGAUGAGAUCCUGGAGUAUUGUCCAGGCGUAAAGCUGGUCCUCGUUGCCCUGAAAUGUGAUCUCCGAGACGACCGCUCCACAAAAGAGCGGCUCGCCCGGUACGGGACGCAUCCUGUGCAGUACGAGGAGGGACUCACAGUUGCAAGACGAAUACGAGCUUCACGUUACUUAGAGUGCAGUUCGAAGCACAAUCGAGGUGUAACCGAGGUGUUCUACGAGGCUGCACGAGUCUCGUUAAGCACGCGCGCCAAAGGCUCAGGUGGGGGUCCUGGCUGUAUUAUAUCCUGA